GUUAAUAGAAACAAGCGGGAGCGGGAGUCAGAUGUUUCUUUCCGGCCUCCGCCAUUUGGCUUUGGAAAAGUUUAAGGUUAAAUAUUAAUUUAAUCUGUAUCUGUUUUAAUGAUAAUUCUAAAUGUUAGAAUAAAUAGCUUUAAAGUAGUUCUAAUCUGCAGGUUAUCUCAACGUCUCUUUUACCUGCUGGUUUGUAAUUCACAGGUAUUCUACCGGUUGGCAUUCUAUCUAUGUGCGCUUUCCAUCUACUUCGAUUUUUUUUAAUUUCUUCAUUCAGAGUCUCAAUCUCAACUUUGAGCUCCUCUCGAAUAUCCUUAUAUUUGAGAACAAAAAAUAUAUACAUCAUAUAUUCCACGAAGGCUAUUAAACAACAAUAAUGUCCAACACACUCUUCAAUUAUUUUACAAAACCGUCCUCUUCUUCGCCUAGAGUGCAAUCUGAUGACACAUCAAAAACUAGAACACCCAACUCUGCCGUAAAAAAGCAUCGUUCUUCAGAUAUAAAAACUCCAAAAGCUAAAAAAGCAAAGUUGGAACUGGGUCCGAAAAAAGAAAAACAAAAAGAAAAUAAAACUCCGAACGAGCCCGGUGACGAAGACCAGGAUAUCGAUAAAGACAGUUCCAUUGAUGAAGUUGAGGCUUUGCUUGAAAACGAUGGAUCGGAAGAUGAAUAUAAACCAUCAAAAUCUGAUAAUGAUGAAAGUUCAGGCGAUGAAUCUGGUGAAGAAUCAGACAGCAUCAGCGAAAAAUCUGAAAGCGAAGAAGAAGUCGCCAAUAAGAAGUCGAAGAAAAGAAAAGCAACGGACUCAAAGGAAAAAUCCACAAACUCAAAAGUUUCCAAAAAGUUGGAGUCAAGCUUUAAUACACCAGCAAAACCAAAGAUAGCUUCUUCUACUCCUGUAACACCGUCUUUCAGCCCGUAUGUGAAUGAGGGGUCUUCUGCUUUAGGUGACAAAAUAGACAACUAUGCGCAUUUGAAAUUUGAAUUCCUGAAACCAGAAAAACUAAGAGAUGCAAAAAAGAGAAAAACUACUGAUCCGGAAUAUGAUCCCAGGACGUUGUACAUACCAGAUGAAUUCAAGAAAACCCUGACACCUGCCCAUAAGCAGUGGUGGGAUAUGAAAGCUACACAUUUUGAUUGUGUGCUGUUUUUCAAAGUUGGAAAGUUCUAUGAAUUAUUCCACAUGGAUGCCGUAAUUGGAGUCAAUGAAUUGAAUCUCACCUACAUGAAGGGUGAUUUUGCACAUUCCGGAUUCCCAGAAAUAGCUUACGGAAGAUUCGCUACAACGCUGGUUGAAAAAGGCUACAAAGUUGCUCGUAUUGAACAGACUGAAACUCCUGAUAUGAUGGAGAAAAGGUGCAAAACAAUGGGAAAGGUUACGAAAUAUGACAAAGUUGUGAAGAGAGAAAUUUGUCAAAUCACCACAAAAGGCACCAGAGUGUUCAGUGUCAUCGAUGGUGAAACCAAAGAACCUGAGAGUCAUUUCCUUCUCGCUGUAUCUGAAAAGAAAUUUGAUAAUGGAGGAAGUGCAUUUGGAGUGUGCUUUGUGGAUACAUCGAUUGGAGAGUUCAACCUAGGUCAGUUCAGUGAUGAUAAGCAGUGCUCACGUUUGCGAACCCUCGUUGCUCACUAUCCGCCAUCUCAGAUAAUAUACGAACGAGGUCGUAUUUCAAAGGGCACUCAGCAUUUAUUGAAUGUGACGCUGUCAUCUGUUCUGAAGGAUGGAUUAUUGCCGGACUCUGAGUUUUGGAGCUCUGGAAAAACUUUAGUUCAUUUGGCAGACAAUAACUACUUCGAUGAUAAUAGUAUGCCAGAGUCGCUAAAACACUUCCUGGCCGAUGAUGACAGUUUAGGCUUGACGGCCAGUGAUGAGGGCGAACUAGCUGUGAGGUCACUUGGUGCAGUGACGUGGUAUCUCAAACGAUGUCAGUUGGAUCAUCAACUUCUUUCCAUGAAGAAAUUCUCUGUCUACACGCCUGUCGACUGUCAAAGUGACGAGAACAUCACUUCCAAUAGUCAGAGCAGUGCUCGACACAUGGUUUUGGAUGCAGUAACAUUGAAAAAUCUGCAUAUCCUUGAGAACUCAAUCGGAGGUACAGAAGGAACGCUGCUUCAUAAGCUUGACAACUGCUGCACACCGUUUGGAAAGAGACUCCUGUACAAUUGGAUCUGCAGCCCUUUGAACACCAUAGCGUCGGUGGUCGGCCGUCAGAACGCCAUUCAGCUACUAAUGGACAACUCACAACUCAUGCAAGAUGUCAAACCACUCAUGGCAAAGCUACCUGAUCUAGAGAGGCUUUUAUCAAGGAUCUAUGCACAAAGCACUUUCGGUUUAGAAGCUUCUCAUCCGGAUAACAGAGCAAUCAUGUUUGAAGAGAAAACCUACUCUAAGAAGAAGAUAGUGGAAUUUACUAAUGUUUUGAACGGGUUUCAGAAUGUGAUGAAGAUAGCAGAAAUAUUUCAAGAUUCUGAAGUUGGCAUGAAUUCUCAGCUUCUUGGCCAGUGUUGCCAUCAUCCUAGUCACUCCCAGCCUGGUCAAUUCCCUGAUUUAAAAGAUCAUUUGAAUUUUUUCAAGAACGCGUUUGACAUAGACGAAGCAUUGAAAGAAGGACGUAUCAUUCCCAGUGCGGGUGUGGAUGCUGAGUACGACAGUGCUGUUGAAGAAUUAAAAAUAAUAGAAAAGGAACUGAAACAAUAUCUCGAUAAACAGAGCUCCUACUUCGGUUGCAAGGUUUCUUAUGUUGGCACGGAUAAAAAGCGAUUUCAGCUGGAAGUAACUGAGCACGCAAGUAGAAAAGCUGGCUCAGAGUAUGAACUGCAAGGACAAAGAAAAGGAUUCAAAAGAUAUUGGACUCCAAAGUGUAAAGAACUUCUAGAAAAACAGAUUGCUGCAGAAGACAUGAAAACAUCUGCUCUGCAAGAUUUGCGUCGUAGGAUUUUCGCACGCUUCAGUGAUCGAAUGAAUGACUGGCGUCUAGCAGUUGAGUGUAUAGCGGUGCUGGAUGUUCUGCUCAGUUUGGCCACCUACUGCAGCUCACAGGAGAACGAGAUGUGUGUUCCCAAGUUCGAAUCCGUCAGUCCAAAUCAACAAGCGGUUGUGAAGGUGGUUGGCGGACGGUAUCCGUGCUCGUCUGGCGAGGAGGUGUUUGUGCCGAACGACACCGUCAUAGGUGACCUCGGAGCCAACCUUGUUCUGGUCACAGGGCCCAACAUGGGAGGAAAGUCCACGCUCAUGCGCCAAUUGGGACUCAUUGUCAUCAUGGCACAAAUGGGAUGCCAUGUACCAGCUGAGAGUGUGGUUUUAAAUCCGGUUGACCGAAUAUUCACUCGACUUGGAGCAAACGAUGACAUCAUGUCUGGUGAAAGUACAUUUUUCAUGGAACUGUCAGAAACUUCGGCUAUUCUCCAACACGCCACUAGCAACUCACUUGUUCUGAUAGACGAACUAGGUCGUGGAACGUCAACGUAUGAUGGCACUGCCAUUGCUGCGGCCGUUCUCAAGGAGCUCAGCAAAAUGAACUGUCGUACUCUCUUCUCCACUCACUACCACUCUCUCGUUGAGGAUUUCAAGCAUUGCAAGACUGUCAAACUUGGCCAUAUGUCAUGUAUGGCUGAAACCGAAGAUGAGGAAAUGGACACUGGCGCUGAGGAGACAGUUACGUUUUUGUACAAGUUCGCAGAAGGUGCUUGUCCGAAGUCAUACGGAUUCAACGCGGCGCGACUCGCUGGCAUUCCCACGCAUAUCAUCAAGACUGGCCAUCAGUUUGCCAAGCAGUUGGAGCUUGAAUCCAACAAUCGUAAAAUAUUCAAGGAUCUAUUCCGAUUUAAUGAUCCCAGUCACUUGCGACAAAUAUUGAGUGAAGUUCAUUAGAAGUUAUCAUUUAUUCUAUUUCUAUUUUUCAGCUCAAUGAGUAUAAUUGGAGAGGGUUGUUUUCCCCUUGUUUUUUUUUUUUCAAUAUCAUGCUAUCACCACAUUUGACAUAAUUAAUACUAGAAUUGUUGAAUUUUUUCUUCAUUAUUCAUUAUCGAUACUCUCGUGGUUAUUUUCACUUCGCUACUCGUAUUUUCACUUCUGCUGAUAUUUUUGCAAAAAUUUCGGUUGCAAUGCUCAAUUCAGAAAUAUGAUAUUUUAUUUCCUUCAUAUGGGCCUUGCAGACACCACUAGUUCAUUCAUUGGCGUGGAGGAAGCUAAUAUUUUUUUGCCAAUUCCUUUUUGUACGCCAGAUCCUUCAUUAAAAGAUGAAUUUGUUUGGUGCGUUUGACCUUAUCUUCUUCCAGAGUUGCAGGAGCUGGCUUUUCAAAUGCUGAUUUACAGGAGGAGUUUGUGAAGAUUUGGUAACUCUGCAUUUCUAUUCACUCUUUUUGAACUCGGCCUGUAGCUGUUAUAUUUGUUUAGUUAUAUUUUUUUUUUAGCUCUUAUAUAUUCACUUUGGAAUAUUCUUUCCAUUUGGUUCAACGUUUCCAGAGGUUGACUUGACCUUCAGCUCAACUGAUCAGGCUUACUUUUCAUUUUUCUCUCUUUUCCAUUCCAUAAGAACUUAUUCCAAUUGAUUGGUGCUAUGAGAGAGACAAACUCAGGCAUUGUUUCAGUCAUUGUUCAUAUUCAAGGUGUUUUCUUGUUGAGGUGUUGGUGCACUGGUGGGCAAGUCGCUCUUUCACCUCCGUCUUCUAAUAAUUCAAGUUUGAGUUUUUCCAUCCUGGCCAUUUCAACAGCAACCGGAGACAGUCAGUCUGUGCGCUCGAUCGGUAUAGUGCAGUGUGCUCAGUGUUUCUUUCUGGUUAUAAUCAUCAGGACUCACAUAUGCUAUCAUCAAUGUCUGCUGCGAGUUGCCACCCAGCAAAUCAAGUAAAAUCCUUGUGAGUUUGUUAUCUGUAUAAGAAAUUGCUGCCUCCUUCAAAAACUGAUGAUAUCACAUUACCCAGUACCAACAAUCUCUUAUUAAUUUUAACGCCUUUAAAAGUCUGGCCUCUAGCUUAGGUUUUUUCCGAAAGCUCGGAUCCAGCCAAAUCUACAAGGUGAAGUUUUACUUCAUUAAUGUUGGAUUUUUUCGAUAAGUUCAGUCACAUUAAAUCUAGCGUGACUUGUGGAAGACUUCGAGUUGAUGGCAGUCGCUCCGGUAGCUCGACAGAGUGAACCUUGUCGUUAGUAGAACAUACUUUAGUUCCAGUGAGGUUGGAAUGCCCCCCUUACAACGACAACACUUUGUUCUCGAGAGUUUUCGCCAGAAGUUCGACAGCUGUUCUUUGUAAAACUUCAUUAAUUAUCAAAUGUGACCAUUCGGGGUCAGAGUCUAUUUUAUCAAAAAUAUCCUCAACAGCCUUUCUCAGCACCACUAAUUGGAACGUAGUUAGUACCCAUUGUCUUGUCUGAUGCCUGACCCUGUCUGAAGGCCUGUAUAGUUAGCCUUUGAAAAUGUUAUGUAUGAGACCUUGCAAGGUGGUUCUUGUCGUGGUUCUGUUUCAAAAAACAUAAUCAUAAGAAGUAGAGCCCACACUUGAAGUGACUUAUAAAAUCGGUAUUCUGAAAGAACUAAUCGAGCAACCAAGAUUUAUUGAUAAUAUGUAUAAUUUCAGUAGAAAAAAUUUUUGUCGGUAUGUGAAUUAGUGUUUUGAACCUAGCUGCUAUUAUAAUCCAUCGUGUCCAUAUUUACCUAUCGUAUCAUUCUGAAUUUUUCAUUUCAGCAAAUUUUAUUCUAGUAUAUGCCGUCCUGAAAAUACAUUAUAGAGAAAUGUUUGUAGGUUGACUUACCCUAAAGAGAAAAUACUUUUACUUCAAACUUUUAAUUCACAAUUCCAAUAAACAUAGAUUGAUAAUAGUCUUCUGAUUUUUGAUAGGAGAAAUAUAUCAAUUAUGUCUAUCAAUUAGUUUAACUGAGUCUUCACUUAAACUAAGAUGGUUUUAAAUAAUGGAAAAAAUAGAAUUGAAAUUACAUACAAUGUGAGCUUACGCGUACACUAAGACUGAGUUGAAAACUUUUCUGAAAAAUCAUUAUCUUCAAGGGAGUAUGUCAAUUAAUCGAACACUUUUUUGUUUAUAAUCUUUAUAAUUUACUUUUAUACUAUUGUACCUGCUACUUAGCAUUUGUUUGACUAUAAUAUUAAGCUCGACUUUUGAUUAUUGAGUAGGAAAGCUGUAAUUUUUCAUCUUGAUUUAUUGUGUUUUUUACUGGAACAAGUGUUCACUUGUCUGUUGAAAAUGUUCAGCUUUUAAUCAAUAAAUAAUUAUUAUUAUCAAA